UGCAUUGUUGACAAAAAAAAAAACAGAGCAUGGAAUAGAAGCAUAUGCGAAGCUUGUUGGCACUGUGAAAGCUUUGAAGUUAAACACUUUGAGCUGAGACUAAGAAGGGUGGGUAGGUCCGGUCUGCAACAUUGAUGAUUUGUGCUGUUGAAUUUGGAUCAACAAUUCCAGUAAUGCACAGGAAAAGCAGUCAAAUUUGAUCAAAUUAGCAUUACCAGCAAACGAGCACAUUUCCAGUAUCUACAACUUAUUGUGCAUGAAAAGCAUGUUCGGUUGUCAAUAGCAGCUUCGUUGUCAACUAGUCACCAAUGGCUUUUUUAUUUCAGAAAUUUCAAGAGGCUGUGAAAACACUUGCAAAAAGUCCUACUUUUGCUAGGGACCCGAAACAUCUACAAUUUGAUGCUGAUAUCAAUCGUUUGUUCUUUUAUACAAGCUACAAUCGGUUAGGGAAGGAUGCUGAUGAAGCAGACGCAGAAGAGAUUAUUGAAAUGGGCAGUAAAGCCUCAGUUGCUGAUCAAAAGAUGCAAGUGGAAGAAAAUGUUCAUUCUCAAGUAAAAGCCUUUUGCACGUUCAUGGAUGAAAUACUUCGUUCAAAUGAAAAGAUGGUGACUGACUCCUUUGAGUUAUCUCUACAAGCAAACACUUUGCCUCACCAUAGUGGAACUAGUUCAGCUAAGGGUCGGUGUGACCCACCAACUAAAUAUCCUGCUGCCUCUAAACGAAGGCCAUUAAGCCAAGCUGAAGUUUCUCAGAAAUUAAAGGAUCAAAUUGGCUACAGUCUUGAUGUGAGACCUUCUCAAAUAUCUCACAAGGAUGCUGGGCAAGGUCUAUUUUUAGAUGGGGUAGCAGAUGUGGGUGCUGUGCUAGCCUUUUAUCCUGGUGUAGUCUACUUUCCAUCUCAUUGUCAUUGUAUUCCUGGAUAUCUUGAUGAGAAGAACCCUUAUUUGAUAACAAGAUAUGAUGGAACUGUCAUUGACGCCCAACCUUGGAGUCGUAGAGGUGAUCAGCAAGAACUGUGGAAUGGUAGAAAUAUGUUAGAAAACAAGGUUGAAGUGGAAGGAGCUGAGAAAGGUGCAGACAGCCUAAGUAAGCCUUUGGAAGGAUCCCAAGUAGAUAGUAGCGAUGAUGUACUUGAGUGUAGAAACCCAUUAGCCUUGGCACACUUCGCUAAUCACCCUGCGAAAGGGAUGCUUCCAAAUGUCAUGGUUUGCCCUUAUGACUUUCCAUUGACUGAAAACAACAUGAGAGUUUACAUUCCUAAUAUCUUAUAUAGAAAUGCAGAGGUCAAUGUGAAGAGUUUUAGCAGGUUUUGGUUCAAAAUUGGGGUUUCAAGAAAUAGUGAAUCAAAAGUUCCUACUCUAAAUACUGUUGUUUUGGUAGCAACUAGGGCUCUUCAAGAUGAGGAACUACUUCUGAACUACAGGCUGAGCAACUCUAAGCGGCGGCCAGAAUGGUAUGCUCCAUUGGAUGAAGAAGAGGACAUGAGCAGUUGAAACUAGCCAAUAUCUAUUGGAGCCAUAAGUCUCUGUAGAUAUUCAGAGCACACCCUUUAUCACGAUGGUGGCUUAAUGAAGUAAUUUUUCCUAAGAAGCUGUAGUAGUCACAAUUUUUUGGAUGUUAUCUUUAAGUAAUAAGAAUGAGGUCAUUUUGUAACGGAUGAAGUAUGUGAUGACGAAAUUUUUAUGAGAUUUAUUUUGGACA